CAACAUUGCAACAGGGACCGUUGUGGGGAUGAGCCGCGGCUAAUGGCUGACUGGGAGUUCUGGAUUAGCUAACGUUCGCCACUGCAGUUUCUGAUGUGGGCAUUUGUAUUGGUGCACUGUUCCUGAAGCUGCACUUGGAAGACAGAGCAUACAAAGUGCCAAGCCGUGUGAGUUGGCAGCUGCUCUGCAACAUGUCCAAGAGCAAGAGCUCUGAGUCCGUCAAGGUGGUGGUCCGUUGUCGCCCUAUGAAUGAAAAAGAGCGAGCAGCCAAGUUUGAAAGGGUGGUAACUGUUGAUGUCAAAUUGGGCCAAAUAAUUGUCAGGAACCCCAGGGAGGCUUCUGCCAGUGAACUUCCCAAAGUCUUCACUUUUGAUUCAGUCUACGACUCGAACUCCAAACAAAUAGAUUUGUAUGAUGAAACCUUCAGGCCCCUGGUGGAUUCAGUUCUAUUUGGGUUCAAUGGGACCAUUUUUGCCUAUGGGCAAACCGGUACAGGGAAAACAUACACUAUGGAGGGGGUUAGAAAUGACCCAGAGAGGAGAGGGGUGAUCCCUAACUCCUUUGAGCAUAUCUUCACUCACAUUUCACGGUCCCAGAAUCAGCAGUAUCUGGUUAGAGCCUCAUAUCUAGAAAUUUACCAAGAGGAGAUUAGAGACUUGCUCUCCAAAGACCAGUCACGUCGUCUCGAGCUCAGGGAGAGACCUGACACGGGUGUGUACGUUAAAGACCUUUCAUCAUUUGUCACCAAGAGUGUGCGGGAGAUUGAACAUGUCAUGAAUGUGGGCAACCAGAAUCGUUCAGUGGGUGCCACUAACAUGAAUGAGCACAGCUCCCGUUCUCACGCCAUCUUUGUCAUCACUGUGGAGUGCAGUGAGUUGGGUGUUGACGGGGAGAACCAUAUCAGAGUCGGCAAACUUAACCUGGUGGAUUUAGCUGGCAGUGAAAGGCAGACCAAGACUGGUGCUCAGGGGGAGAGGCUUAAAGAAGCCACAAAGAUCAAUCUGUCGCUUUCGGCUCUGGGCAACGUCAUAUCAGCUCUGGUGGAUGGCAGGAGCAGCCACAUCCCCUACCGAGAUUCAAAACUCACCCGUCUGCUGCAGGACUCUCUGGGGGGCAAUGCCCGCACGGUCAUGGUUGCCAACAUUGGCCCAGCAUCCUACAAUGUGGAGGAGACCCUGACGACGCUGCGGUAUUCCAACAGGGCUAAGAACAUAAAGAAUAAACCACGUAUCAAUGAGGACCCCAAGGAUGCCCUGCUCAGGGAGUUUCAGGAGGAGAUUGCAAGGCUAAAGGCACAGCUGCAAAAGCGCUCAGGAAAAAAGAAAAGGAGGAGGCAGAGGAGAAGGGCCGGGGAAGGGAGUGAUGGUGAGGAUCUGGAGGAAGGAGAGACGGAGGACGAUGAUGAGGACGGGGACGACAAAGGGGAUUACUGGCGGGAGCAACAGGAGAAGCUGGAGAGAGAGAGAAAGGCUAUCAUGGAGGAUCAUAGUCUGGUGGCUGAGGAUAAACUUCGGCUGCUCAAAGAGAAAGAGAGGAAAAUGGAAGAUUUGAAGAGGGAGAAGGAGGCCGGAGAGAUGCUUGCAGCCAAAGUAAAAGCGAUGGAGAGUAAGCUCCUGGUAGGGGGGAAGAACAUAGUGGAUCACACCAAUGAGCAACAGAGAAUGCUGGAGCUGAGGAGGCAGGAAAUUGCCGAACAGAAACGGCGAGAGCGAGAGAUGCAGCAGCAGAUGGAGAGUCGUGAUGAGGAGACUCUAGAGCUAAAGGAGACCUACAGUUCUCUGCAGCAGGAGGUCGACAUCAAAACCAAGAAGCUGAAAAAGUUGUUUGCCAAACUGCAGGCCGUGAAGGCAGAAAUCCACGACAUCCAGGAGGCACACAUCAACGAGCGUCAGGAGCUGGAACAGACCCAGAAUGAGCUCACCAGAGACCUCAAACUCAAGCAUCUGAUCAUCGAGAACUUCAUUCCCUUAGAGGAGAAGAACAAAAUAGUCAACAGGGCUUACUUUGAUGAGGAGGAUGAAUACUGGAAAAUGAAGCCCAUCACACGUAUAGAGGAUGACCAUCAGAUGAUGACCAGGCCUUUGUCUGCAGUCGGCUACAGGAGGCCUCUCAGUCACCACGCUCGCGUGGCCAUGAUGAUGAGGCCUGACAUGAGAUACAAAGCUGAAAACAUCAUAAUGCUGGACAUGGACCUGCCUGCUCGGACCACUAAAGAGUAUCAGGAGCCAGUUAUCGCCCCAAAGGUGGCAGCAGCUCUGGAGAACGCUCUUAGGGAUGAGGAUGAGAUCCAGGUAGAUGCCUCAGGCUUUCACAGCAGCUUGGGAUCAACCCCACCCGCCAGCGGCAGCCUCAAGAAACCAAAGUCCGGUCGACCAAGAACAGGCAAGAAGUCAAGCACCCCAACCUCUCCAUUCAGCCCCUCAAGUCCAGGAUCCCCGCUCUACCCACAAUCCCGUGGCCUGGUGCCCAAGUGACAGCUUCUACCACUAAUAUCACCACCAACCUCUCUUGUGCACCUUUCCACUUUGGGACUCAACUUUGAGAGAAUGAGUUUUGUUUUGUCAGUCAUUUUUUGUCAAAGGUGAUAGAAUAUUGGAUUCUGCAGACAACAGAGAAAACUUUAAGACUAAUGCUGCUUUAUAGGUUUUAACUGUAAUCACGCCACUAUUAGCUGUUGUCGUAAGCUUUUCAUCUUGGAGAUUUGAAAUCCCUCAUCCUGAGAAUGAGUCAGUACAACACAAGGACAGCAGCCUCGCAUGAAGCCUCACAUUACUCUACACUGCUGUUACCUUUACCCACAUUUGGCUUAAUGCCACUGAUGUCUUAUAUGUACGUCUUGUGUAUAUAUAUAUAUAUAUAUAUGUCACUCACAAUGUUCUUAAUGUAUAGAAAAUGAUGAAGGUGGGAUUAAACCCCCCUUUGAUGGACUGCAGUAUCCUCAAUGCACUUCUUCUUCCUAUCUUCCCAGAUCUGUGUUGGGCAUUGUAGUCCUGUCUCAUAAUGCAAGUGUAGACGUUGGUUUGGAGGGGUUGAUGAGGUUGACGUAAAGACACAUGGAAGGCAACUAUGUGCACGUGUGUUUGUCACUGUGUUGCUGUGUGUCUGGCUGUAUAUCUGUGUGUGUGUGUGUAUGUGUGUGUGUGUGUGUGUCUUUACGUCAAACUUUUUGUUUUAUAAAGCUCUGAUAGUGUUAGAAUGGAGCUUUAAGUCUUAUACGUGUGUGUGUGUGUGUGUGUGUGUGUGUUUUGUGUCUUAAAGGAAUACCUCAACAUUUUGGGAAAUAAGCUUAUUUUUUUUGUUGCAGAGUUAGAUGAGAAGAUCAGUAACAAUCUCAUGGUGUUGCUAAAUAUGAAGUUGGAGGCAUUUAGCUUAUUUUUGCAGUCUCCGCUGGUUGCCUGGUAACCUCAUAGUGAUGACAAGGGAGUCAGUGCAGCCAGACAAGAAAUGAUUCCAGCAAGCAACUUCCCAAAAACCACAACAUGUUGAUUUUUACAUUUCUGUGUAUUGGAAUAAAUGAAUUAGUUAUUUAUUGGUAGACCUCAGAGUAGCAAAUAAGCGUAUUUCCUCAAAUGUGGAGCUGUUCCUUUCACUCUGUAUGAUUGUAAAUGCACAGGCCAGAAAGUGAAGCAGACUACAGAAGUGGCCUCUGUCAUAAGUUGCUGUAAUCAGUAGAUGCUGUUCUUCCUGGGGCAUACAAGAUGGAGGUGGGGAACAAUGGGAGAGAGCUCAACACAUUUACACACCCACACUACUGUAGGGACACAUUCUAGGGUGCAGGACAUUGCAGUAGGCCACCCAACAUUCUAGCAGAUCAAUGCCAACCACAGCCUGGGUCACUUCAGAGUUGGUGCCCUGGAAUAUGCCUCAGAUUCAUCAGGGUUCCAAGGUGCCUUAACCUAUGUCCUAAGUCUCUGCUCCUUUAUUUAAAGUGUGCACAGUGUAUUCUUUCUUUCAUUACUUCAUCUACUCAUUCAUUCCAGCAUCAGGGAUUGUUGGUAGCAUGGUCCUGAUAUUCCUGUCAGAAUGGGGUGCACUCAUUAUAUGGAGAGGCAGAGCGUUUGGACACAGCAUUCAACCACCCCCAGGUUUCUGGGUGAGGGCCACAGAAAGACAAGGCAUGCAGAGGGUGAUGUAUUCCCCCUCUGUUUUCUUUUUUACCUCAUCUACCUUUGUAUUGGCCCGAGUGGUCCUUGGAAAGAACUGAUUGGUCUAACAGAACACCAAAUCCCAGGGGCAGUGCUGAGCUCCUAACAGUACUGUGGUGGUGCCACAAAUCUCAGUCGAAACACUAUGGACUUCAUCUGAAUACACAAAUCAUUCCAUUUGUUUGCCUAAGGAUGAAUAAUAUGCAGUUUAACCUCCAUGGUUCAGCCUGCCUCGCUGCUGCUCUCUGUUCCCCAUACUCUAACUGUGAGGGGUGUGCUGUCCGCUCGCUGCUACUGUGUAGGGUUUUACAACCCACUGUGACAUUUCAACAGACCUGGGUCAAAAGGCAAAUGAAAUCCUCUCAAAUACUGAUUGUGUGCAGUUCAUACUGUCUGUUAAAGAGCCACCAAGCACCAAGCCUAUGUCAGUUGUUAAAAGUUGUCACGUAAAAGAUCUCUCUUGCUGUUUGACCCAUGUCUGCAUACCUUAUGUAUUUAGAUAUGUAACAAUGAAUAUAGAGUUGUUGAUAGGCAAUCCUCAGUCACUUUUGCAGAUAUAUUAAAAAAAAAUACAAAAAUGGGUUUCCAUAUUGAUAAAAUCUAACUUAUAAUCUUUCAUUUUUAUAUACAGAUGUAGAUAUAAUUUUCUAUUCAGUUUUUUUCUUUAAAAUAGAUUAUUGUUUUAUUUUUUCAGCUUUGUAAUUUAAUGUUGAAAUCUUAUUUUUUGCGUCGUACAUGUCUUGUCUUCUUUUGUAUUCACCAAGGUACAGGCUUUUUUUUGUUUGUGCAUACACUUAAAAAUGCUUUAGUCGAUCUGUUCUCCACAUCACUGCACAUCGUUGAUUUGGGGAAGUGUGAAGACUGUUUAUAGGAAAAA